CAGCGCGGACGGUCCCUUCUCGACUCCUACAAUCUGCAUCGCUUCAUAGCGACGGCGAGGGAUCUGCUGGACUGGAUGGAGGAGAAGAAGGAAGAAAUGAGCCAUCCCAGCACGCUUAGGUAUGCAAUCUUUACUGUAACUCGCCUAAACCACACUAAGCAAGCAGCACUUCGCCUAGCCGACAUCUGGCAGCACUUGCUGUGCUAG